GCUGUUUGGGCUGGGUCCACGGUGCAGUGGAUGAGAAGGCGGUGAGUCAGUGGUACAGCGGGGCGGUACGGGGACGGAACGCUGCCUGGGAGCGCGUCGCGCAUACCGAGGAGACCCGCUAAUUGACAGCCGGAGGUACGGAGCGCCCCGUGCGGCUCACCAGCGGAGGACGUUAAUCCCCCACACCCGUCUUGUGGAAGGCAUCUGUGGGAAGCAGCGCCCAGAUCAGCCUGACGCGAAGAGGCUGGAGGAGGCUCGGUCAAGCGCCGGGUUCGGGAUGGACGUCCUGUCUUCUACCUGCUCAGUCCGAGCCCAGUGCUGACGUUUCAAACUCUCUCCACAUGGAUGGACGUGGUUUUCAUCGCUUCUUCUUGGAGUAAAAGCGCUCAUCCUCUCUGGAUCUUAUUUUUUUCCCUUUAUCCAUCUAAUCAAGUACAAGUCUGGUUGCAUUCGGGAGCCACAUUGAAAAAUCACCAAAGUGUAAAACAAAGAUUUAUCCUUUAAAUUAAUCUGGAAUAACGAACAGACAGCGAGGAAACUCUUGGAACAAAUUGAAGUUGAAUUCUGGUGCGCAUUUUGUGCGGACGGACGCUGAACCGCGGGAGUAUUUGCGCCUUCCCCCCCCACCCUCUCUUAUUUCUUUAUUUGCUUUCCCGUUUUGGUUUAAAUUCAGUAGCCAGUUUUCCCAUGGAGUAGGCGGAAAUCGACGGGAAGACUUGGAGCUUUUUCUCUGUGUGCUGGAACGAACGCGAGUGGAUCUGAUGCGCACAUUCUUCUUUGGGUGGUGAAUGUCCGAUGGGGAAUCAUGAACAGCUCUUCUGAACUCGAAGAUGGAACUCGGCAUAAAACCCAGACGUUCUGUGAAUGUGUGCCCAGCUCCUCCCAGCUCAAACACCGCUGGUCAGACUCAGAAACUGCCAGAGAGACUCCGGCCAAGAGGAUGAGCUGCAGCUACCUGCUCUGCACCAUCCUGCUCUUCGUCGCUGUGCUGCUGGCCGUCACUGUAACCGGCACCAUCCUUUUUAUGAAUCACUACCAGGCCCCGCCCUUGACCGAUGGCCUACCCCACAUAUCCACCAAUCAGGAUGAGGCAAACGCCCUGGUAACUGUUGAGAGGGGCGACGGCUCUCGCAUCAACAUCUUCAUCGACCCCAACUGUCCCGACUACAACAGUAACUUUAUACGCCUGGAGGGCGUGCAGACAUCGCUGCUCCACUCGCUGACCGACCACGAUUCUGACCUGAAGUCGGUGAAAGGCCAGGAUCGGGCUCUGCUAGUCAACCUGGCUGAGGAGGUGACCAAGCUGUCAGCCCACGCGGGGCAACUGAAAAUGGACUACGAGUCCCUGCGCAGAGGGCAGAGCAGUCUGGGUCAAGACCUGAACACACUCCAGACAGAGCAGGGGCGCCUCAUACAGCUGCUGUCAGACAGCCAGAUUAACAUGGUGAAGGUGGUGAACUCCGUUAGCGACGCCCUUAAUGCCAUGCAGAAGGAGAAUGUAGGUCUGAAGGCUCGAGUCAAGGCAGAUCUGCAACGAGCUCCAGCCCGAGGGGCUCGCUUCAAGGGCUGCUCCAAUGGCUCCCGCCCCCGUGACUGCAGCGAUCUGUAUGCCAGCGGUCAGAGGGAAGAUGGCAUCUACUCCGUGUUUCCUCUUCACCACCCCACAGGCUUCCAGGUGUACUGUGACAUGACCACCGAUGGAGGAGGCUGGACGGUGAUUCAGCGCAGAGAAGAUGGCUCGGUCAACUUCUUCAGGGGGUGGGAGUCUUACCGCGAAGGAUUCGGCAAAGUCACCAGUGAACACUGGCUAGGGUUGAAGCAGAUCCAUGCCCUGUCCAUCCAGGGCAACUAUGAGCUACGUAUCGACUUGGAGGAUUUUGAAAAUAGCACAGCAUAUGCCCAUUAUGGUACCUUCGGAGUGGGCCUCUUCUCAGUGGACCCUGAUGAUGAUGGAUACCCUCUGACUGUCGGCGACUAUUCUGGCAAUGCAGGUGACUCUCUUCUGAAGCACAACGGGAUGAAGUUCACCACUAAGGACAGGGACAACGACCACUCUGAGAACAACUGCGCCUCCUUCUACCACGGCGCCUGGUGGUACCGAAACUGCCACACCUCCAACCUGAACGGCCAGUACCUGCGCGGUCAGCACACCUCUUAUGCCGACGGCAUCGAGUGGUCCUCCUGGACCGGUUGGCAGUACUCCCUCAAGUUCUCCGAGAUGAAGAUCCGUCCGACCCGCGACCCUGAGAAUAAAUAAUUUUUUUAAAAAACUGAGAAAGAAGAAGAAGCUAUUAAAAAAAUAAAAAGACAUUUUUGAAGCAUUGCAAACCACGAUACUGGAAAGUUUGAUGGAGUUACUAGUCUUGAUAUUUUCCAUUCACUUCAGCAUAACUCUUGAGUUUUAGUUGACUCUGCAGUUUGCCUCAUGGUGUCCUCUUUCUUUGCACCAUCACUUUCCUGUCAAGAUCCUUCAUGGAAUACCAUUCUUUAAGGAAUUUUCUAACAGCGACGCCCCCAAUUUUUAAUGAUUUAAUACACAAAAACGGUGUUCCAGAGCCUGGAGCCCACUGUCCAGUCCGAUGUGGUGGUCCAACCAUCUCCCAACGAAUCACCCAUCAUUAAUUUUCCCCCUCUAUAACCCGGACCUCCCGUGCUGACUCAGCACAAAGAUGGGCUCAGCCUCGCUGCCCGUCGCUAGAAGCUGCGACGGGAGAUGUUUCAAUCACACGAAGCCCUUCACAAAAUCUAGACAGGAUUUACACGUUUUUAGCUUUCUUUCUCUAGAAGGAAGAGCACACCGGUGCACUACGUCACAUUUACAUCCCUUUUUCCUGUGUGAACGAGACCCAGCAGGGUAGUGGCAAGAAGUCGUCAGAUAAUGAGGGAGAAGAAGGACAAAACGAGGCAAAUAGCUGACGAGAGUUAAAUUGGGUGAAUGCAAAAAGGGAGGGGCGGAUAUGUGUCAAAGGGGAGAGAGGGAAGUCCAAAAAGAAUGAAAUAUGAAGAGAAAAGAUAAAGAACGAGACGACAGAGGAUCUCAUUCAUCCGACUUGGUUCAUUAGGAAGCAUAUUGGGCACUUUGUCUGAUCUGCCUGCCAGCUGAGUACUGGCCAACUGAUGCAGCACUCACAGAUGGAAACCCAGCACUUUGUAUGUGUGUGUGUGUGUGUGCGUGCGUGCGUGCGUGCGUCUUUGAAAGAAAGACAGCCAGAUCAGUUUCCCUGCCGUUAUUUCCCGGACACAUGUCGACUGAGCACAACCUAAAGCACAGGCAGAGAGAUCACAUGCAUGGUUGAUCUAUCGUCCAUUUAAAUGUUGGUAAAAUGUUUGAAAAGGUGUUUUGGAUUUGGGAAACACAAAAGCAAAGUGGAAGAAUGAGACCUGCUGAAGAAACGUUACAUCCCACAUCUCCAAAAGUCUGUUUCUCUUCUUUCCAGGUGGAAAAAAAUCAGAUAUUUUGAGCAGGAAACGUUUCCCGCUGUCACGUGAGCGUAGCGGAAGAUGCUGUAAAAUGUGAUUUUUCUCCCUCCUUUUUGUGUGUUUUUCUUCUGAGCAGAAAUCCUUCUAUCUGUCAUGGCAAAGUCAAAAAUGCCAGAAGUGAAUGAGUAAAAACAAGAUGAACGGAAGAAAAAAAGAAUAUGACAAAAAGGCAUCACGCGGGUGGAAAAUAAAGCAACUGUAACUCGGGUCGAUCCACUUUUACUUUGGGAUGAUGUAAGAAAAGCUUUAAAAUGUCUGUAGAUUUGACUGUACAGUGUCCGUGACCUUCGGAGCAUGUGAAUCGUUUCUUACUAUGCUAAAACACAAAGAGAGCUUAUAAGCACAUGGCCUCCUCUGAACCCAUCUGUAGAUGGGAGUGGCCUGUGCUGCCCUCAACACAAGUAAAGAGGAAGACUGGGAUUAUCCCCCAAACAGCACACCUGGUUCUUUUUUGAAGCAGUGAGACUUCUUUUAGCUUCCUUGCAGGACGUGUGCAGCCUUUCUGAAUCCUUGGCUUUGGAGAGGUCCGUGUGUAGCACUGAGUACCUCUGAUCCUGGAACAGCUGUGAGUGUUUCUGUCAUCAUCGGUGCUCAGAAGGACGCCUCCCCCUUCCACCUCCUCCUCCUCCUCCCCCAUCCUGCUCUGUGUGCUUCUGCGGCACCUCGGCUGUGUACAGCUCAUGCAGCUAAACGUCAUGUCUAAGCAGGUUGCUGCCACCUCCUCCCAUCAAAGCACAGACACUCGUACUGAGAGAAAAAAAGAAGAAAUAUUAAACAUGCUGAUGUUAUCACGGCACAGAGGUUUGAUUUUAGGUUGCAAGAUGGCACAAAAGGACCGAGUGGAAGUGUGUGUAUUUGUGUGUGUGUGUGUCUGCUUGACAGAGCACGUGUGCUUGUGUACACAGCGUGGAUCUAUACAUGCACAUGCUUUGGUUUGAACUGGCCUGUGUGCACGAGCCGGAUGAGAUAGCAAGAGGCCAAGUUCUCCACCCGUCUUGAUGUGGAGCUCAACGUGAAACGAAGCUUCUGUACGACUAGCCUCCCCCUGCUGUUUGUGUUGAUACCAGAGAGAUUUACAUUAUUAUAACGAGCUAUUAUUUAUCGUGAUCGUGAACCCAUUAGAGUGGACACCACCUUCUGGUUACUGUGUUGAACUGCGCCUGUCCCCUCAAAGCCCGCCCAUCCCCUCGUUGUGAGCCUGAUCUCUGAAUUCUUUGUUCACCUCCUUGUGCACACUGUAUAUGUUAUGCUACGUCCCCCGUUGUUAUUUAAUUGUGUAGAAUUAUUUGCCACGCCCUGAGAUGUUUUUUGUUGUGUGAAAGCCUUUAUACCCCCCCCAUCCCCCUCCUAAGAGAAGAUGAAAGAGUGAAAUCAGAGGCUCUAAUCAAUCCGAGUUAUCCCACUUUACAAAGCAUCAGCGCCCUCCUUAUCGAUCCCAUAGGUCCCCAAACCCUCUAUAUUUCUUAGAGUGUACCUUCUUAAUUGCCUUAGCUUUUGCUGCCAACCCCAGCUCCUAAAGUCCCCUCUCUUUUUUCUCCUUAAUGCUUUUCCUCUCCUUCCCCCUCUUCUCCCCUCACCCAGCGCAGAACUAACAUUUCCUCUUUCUAUUUCAUUUUAUUAUUUUGGUGAAGUACUAUAGAUUGUUUUGCCGACUCUUGAUACUGUGUUUUAAUGUUCUUGUCAACAUUUAAUAAACAUUCACAUUUUAUAAAUGGA